AUGAUUCUGACCAGGAUAAAGGUGCAUGAAGUUUCCACCUCUGCAUCCUCGUACACACAGAAUCACAGCUCACACAGCAUCACAUCUCACAGUAAUCACAACUCACACACACAUCACAGCUCACACAGCAUCACAUCUAACAGUGUCACCUCUCACACAGCAUCACACUUAACACACAUUAUCAGACAUCACAACACACACAGUAUCAUAUCUCACACACAGCAUCACAUCUCUCACAGCAUCACAUCUCUCACAGCAUCAUCUCACACACAUCAUCACAUCUCUCAAACAUCACACCGUCCGCAACUCACACAGCAUCACAUCUUCCACAACUAA